UUGCGAGCUUUGGAGCUGAUUCUCUUUAUUGCGACUUGAGUCUUUUCAUCAAUUCAGCGUACAUUCUACCAUGAAUCUUUCCAAACUGGCAUCCAACAGGCCUGGAAGGCCAUUAUUUUCGUGCGGGCUCCUCGUUUAUGGGUGUCAGUUUCUUUUGAAAUAAACCCCGGGUGCAAGAAUGUCAUGAUUUUUUUACAGGCCCAGAGAAGCUCACUGAGGUUCACUAACCAAAAAGGCUGCUGCAUAUUUGAUUACAUGAGAUCACUGAAUAACAAAUAACAACAGAUGUCCGACAGCGGACGUCUAGCUUCCAUCACAAAAGCUCACUGGCGCUCAUUGUACGGCCAUGAACAAAAAGCAGAGCUCAGUUCAGAAAGGCAACAUACGUGUGUGAUAUUCUUUGCCAAAGUAUUUGCAGGGGAAACGUCCAGCUGAGAAGCCAUGGAUCCCGCUACAAGAAUGAUUUCUCUACUCGUAGUGCUGGCUUUGAGCCGUGCUAGCUUGGGAGUAAUGCGUGAAGUCGAACAAGAGAUGGACGAACUGUUGUAUCGGGAUUUGAUGCUGUUGGAGCGCUCUCUCAGCACGGACGGUUCAAAUGGAGCUGGCAGGAUGCAAAAGCUGAGCCUCGUUGGUAAAGCGGUACAACAGUCUUCCACUUUCGGCAGCAAAGGCAGGGCAAAGAACGCAAUUGAUGGGAAUCGUGCGGCAAUUUAUCAGCAAGGGUCUUGCUCGAGUACACGGUUCCAGAGGAAUCCGUUUUGGAGAUUGGACCUUGGAACAGAGCACUGCAUCGCCAAAGUCACAAUACUCAACCGCGAGGAUUGCUGCCCUGAACGUUUGAAAGGUGCUCUUGUACGAGCUGGCACACUAACUAGACUAAGCCAAAACCGGGCGUGUGGCUCCAGAGUCACCGAUACCGAGGCCAACGUGGCCGGUGGAACCAUCGUCAGGGAGUGCGAGAAACCGUUGUUGACACGCUAUAUUUCCAUUGGAAACCUGGCAAAGAGAGCGAUGUUAACGUUGUGCGAAGUAGAGGCGUAUGAGGUACCAAUGGAAGAAUGUACAGGUAUCGACAACUGUGAGAGCAGUCCCUGUCAGAACGGUGCCACCUGCGUGAAUGGUGUUAGCGAUUUUUCUUGUACGUGUGCUACAGGCUUUACAGGCUCUCUCUGCGAAAUAGACAUUGAUGAGUGUGAAAGUAAUUCCUGUCAAAAUGGUGCAACUUGUGUGGACGGUAUCAACGAGGUUUCUUGUGCAUGUGCUGCAGGCUUUACUGGCCCUCUCUGCGAAACAGAUAUUAACGAGUGUGAAAGUAACCCCUGUCAAAAUGGCGCAACUUGUGAGGACGGUAUCAACGAGGUGUCUUGUGCAUGUGCUGAAGGCUUUUAUGGCCCUCUCUGCGAAACAGAUAUUGAUGAGUGUGAAAGUAACCCCUGUAAAAAUGGUGCAACUUGUGAGGAUGGUAUCAACGAGGUUUCUUGUGCAUGUGCUGAAGGCUUUACUGGCCCUCUCUGCAAAACAGAUAUUGAUGAGUGUGAAAGUAACCCCUGUCAAAAUGGCGCAACUUGUGAGGACGGUAUCAACGAGGUUUCUUGUGCAUGUGCUGAAGGCUUUUAUGGCCCUCUCUGCGAAACAGAUAUUGAUGAGUGUGAAAGUAACCCCUGUCAAAAUGGCGCAACUUGUGUGGACGGCAUCAACGAGGUUUCUUGUGCAUGUGCUGAAGGCUUUUAUGGCCCUCUCUGCGAAACAGAUAUUGAUGAGUGUGAAAGUAACCCCUGUCAAAAUGGCGCAACUUGUGUGGACGGCAUCAACGAUGUUUCUUGUUCAUGUGCCAAAGGCUUUACUGGCCUUCUCUGCCAAACAGAUAUUGAUGAGUGUGAAAGUAAUCCCUGUAAAAAUGACGCAACUUGUGUGGACGGCAUCAACGAGGUUUCUUGUGCAUGUGCUGAAGGCUUUACUGGCCCUCUCUGCCAAACAGAUAUUGAUGAGUGUGAAAGUAAUCCCUGUCAAAAUGGCGCAUCUUGUGAGGACGGUAUCAACGAGGUGUCUUGUGCAUGUGCUGAAGGCUUUUAUGGCCCUCUCUGCGAAACAGAUAUUGAUGAGUGUGAAAGUAACCCCUGUCAAAAUGGCGCAACUUGUGACGACGGUAUCAACGAGGUGUCUUGUGCAUGUGCUGAAGGCUUUACAGGCCCUCUCUGCGAAACAGAUAUUGAUGAGUGUGAAAGUAACCCCUGUCAAAAUGGUGCAACUUGUGUGGACGGUAUCAACGAGGUUUCUUGUGCAUGUGCUGAAGGCUUUUAUGGCCCUCUCUGCCAAACAGAUAUUGAUGAGUGUGAAAGUAACCCCUGUAAAAAUGGUGCAACUUGUGUGGACGGUAUCAACGAGGUUUCUUGUGCAUGUGCUGAAGGCUUUACUGGCCCUCUCUGCAAAACAGAUAUUGAUGAGUGUGAAAGUAACCCCUGUCAAAAUGGCGCAACUUGUGAGGACGGUAUCAACGAGGUUUCUUGUGCAUGUGCUGAAGGCUUUACUGGCCCUCUCUGCCAAACAGAUAUUGAUGAGUGUGAAAGUAACCCCUGUCAAAAUGGCGCAACUUGUGUAGACGGUAUCAACGAGGUUUCUUGUGCAUGUGCUGAAGGCUUUUAUGGCCCUUUCUGCGAAACAGAUAUUGAUGAGUGUGAAAGUAACCCCUGUCAAAAUGGUGCAACUUGUGUAGACGAUAUCAACGAGGUUUCUUGUGCAUGUGCUGAAGGCUUUUAUGGCCCUUUCUGCGAAACAGAUAUUGAUGAGUGUGAAAGUAACCCCUGUCAAAAUGGCGCAACUUGUGAGGACGGUAUCAACGAGGUUUCUUGUGCAUGUGCUGAAGGCUUUACUGGCCCUCUCUGCCAAACAGAUAUUGAUGAGUGUGAAAGUAACCCCUGUCAAAAUGGUGCAACUUGUGUAGACGAUAUCAACGAGGUUUCUUGUGCAUGUGCUGAAGGCUUUUAUGGCCCUUUCUGCGAAACAGAUAUUGAUGAGUGUGAAAGUAACCCCUGUCAAAAUGGUGCAACUUGUGAGGACGGUAUCAACGAGGUUUCUUGUGCAUGUGCUGAAGGCUUUACUGGCACUCUCUGCGAAACAGAUGUUGACGAGUGUGAAAGCAGUCCCUGUCAAAAUGGCGCCACUUGCGUGGAUGGUAUCAACAAGGUUUCUUGUACAUGUGCUGCUGGCUUCACAGGCACUUUUUGUGAGACUGGUAUCAAUGAGUGCGACAGCAGCCCUUGUCGGAAUGGCGUCUGUGAGGACGAAGUGAACGGUUUCCGCUGCCAAUGUGACUCAGGAUAUGAGGGCGUCCUGUGCGAAACAAUUGUUGGCUCCAAGGAAUGUACCACUGAUCCAUGCAUGAACGGCGUCUGCGUAGAUUACGAAGGAGGCGGUUUCAAGUGCAUAUGCUCUCCAGGUUAUGAAGGCACUCUCUGCGAAAUUAAAAGCGCCACGACACCACAGGUGCAGGUUGAGCUCACAAGUGAAUACUGCAUUCGGAAAAUCGUCAUUUUGAAACGAGGGGAAUGCACAAGCGAUCGUUUGACCGGUGCUGUGGUGCGUGGCGGGACCAGCUCCAAUGGGCUUCAUAACCCCGUGUGCGGCUCUGCUCUGACCGUUGAACAAGCCCAACUAAGCAGGUCUGCUGUGGACGUCGUUUGCGACCCUCCUUUGACGGCCAGGUUUGUCAUCCUGGAUAUGCCUCUGUUGAGAGUCAGCCAGCAGCCGCUGUGUGAAGUGACAGUUGAGCAGGCGACAGUGGGACCCUGUAAGGAGCCAUGAGUACACGACAGCUCUUAUUUCAGUACACUUCAAAAUAAACACUGAACCAUUUUAAUUGGGCGUUGGAGGGGAUUUUUCCGGCAAAUUUCAGCAAACAGUUCAAUUUAUCAUAGGACCCACUUCAACAGAAGGUAUUGGAUUUAGUCUAUGAGCAAUCUUGUUUCCCUUGUGUUAAUUCAAAUUCGUUCCAGUGAUUAGGGCUUUGGGAUCCUGUAUAAAAAUCUUAUUUCCAAGGAAAAAAGGUGUAUGGCAAUUUGAAAGGUGGAUCGUGAGACCGCUGUUUGUCAACAUGAUUUUAUACAAAAACUGUAGCGGAUGGGUUAUUACAGAAAAGCAGGGUUCGUAGACAGGGAACAGGCAAUGACGCCAAAAAGGCCUGUAAACAAGGUUUGAUGUCUUUUUUGUUUUCCUUUACGUUUUUUAAGGUUUCUCCUGAAUUUUUCCCACGAUCUUUUGCUAACGUUAUACGUACAUGGUAAUGGUACGAAACACAAAAAGAACUGCAUCUGUUCACACAAAAAGAGCAAAACAAAACCUUACUGAUUUGACUCAGGAAAAUUGGCGUAGAUAGUAUACAAACACAGAAUAAGGAAUACAAAGGAAUCAUUCACAAUCAUCGAAAAAUAAUUAUGGAACAAUGGAAUCAUACAAAACGACUUGCAAUAGAAUAUCAAGGGCAUUAACCGCUCUAAUACCUCUAAACUGAACACUCAGAAUGCGAAAUAGAUUUACUGUAAAUAAUACAGAAAAAUCACACGCGGGAAAAGAUCUUACAUGCGUCGAUAAGUUUUAAUUUAACUGCACCUAUUGGAAAAAAGUAGCAGAAAUUACACUGAGGAAUGGUGAGAGUGUAGUUUUGAAUGCCCACCGAAGUGGAAUGAUGGAAACAAAACUGAACGGCAAAGCUAACAAAUUGUUUGCACAAAAACGGAUUUGAAUUUCAGAAGAGGGAAAAAGAAACCCCAACACAAACAAAACCGUAGCGUCUGUGCAAAAAUGGAUGCGUAUUGACGACAAUGGGCGGAUUUGUGUCAAAAUUGGCCGGGAAACCUAUAUUACUACAUAUGGCAAAUGGUUCCAAUCAUUAAUUGCAACGCAGACUUCCCUGUGCAUACCGUGUUAAACAAAUUAGUACUGGCUUGCAACACGGCAGCCAUGAAAACCCUGUGUAGAUUUCAAGGGUGUCAUACUAACACCGUGUUCAACUGCUAUUCAACCUAGGAUAUAGGCCUAAUUCCAGCCCAAUUGGUGUCGACUAUUACAUGAAUGACAGAUCUGGACUGUCUUAUUAUAUACGUGAAACUGCUGCAUCCACCCAAACCCAUGACAGCAUCUACUGUAUAACGGUAUGGCUGAUGUCAAUAGACAAUAGUGUAGUUACAGAAGUAGGGCAUCCUACUACCGUUUUUUCAGGAUUUUUUUAUUUGUCUUUCCUUUGUAAGGAAUGUUUGGAAAACAUAACACCCAGUGUUAAUCAAGGUCUAGGGCGGUAUGUUAAUACAGGUUAUCUUAUGUAGAUUUGUCGGGCAUUACAGGGACUACUAACUCAUGAAUACAGUGCUUUACAGAGAUGAAUGUACGGGUUGAUAUUUUUUUACCGGUAACUUGUUUCUGUUGGUUGAAGUGAUGCUAAUUGUCAUUGUCAAUCUUCUGCUGAUAUAAACAGUGAUCAGGAGGAUAAGACGAUCUAAUGAUGCAUACCACUGAAUAGGCCUAAUCACAGUCACGGACAAACCAUUUAGUUUACCUUUUAUGAAUACUUUUCCUACGAAUCUUCCGGUCUCACGCUGUGACGCAAUCCCAGUUGUUAUUCUUGGGACCGGGUGCGACCCCAAAAGGUUUUGAGAAUGAGAAACUGCAAGUCCACUUAAGAUUAGGAGGCCUGUGCAAUUGGCUGCAACUACUAUUUUUAGUAAUGUUUUCUGGAUUUGUCAGUUUGUUAUUUGUGUAAUGCAGGUCCAGAAUAAUCCCUGGAGAGUAGGCCAGAUGAGAGAUUCAGGAAACACCUGUUGAAUAGAUGAAUGUAUUCAAUAGUUGGAUUGAGAAAAAUGGUUUGGAUUAUCGUACAUAAUGACUAAUAACUUGGAAAAUUAUUAGUACUUCUAGUAUAGAUUAGAAAAACAUAUUUGCGGGUUAAACAAAUUUUGGCUUGAAAAGUUAUGAUUUGAAUUGGGACGUUAACCCUAACCCUCCUCAAUCCUUCACCUGUUGGAGGACUGAGAAGUGUUAGGGUUAAUACAUUUUGACAUUAUAGGAACUGUAUGUUCGGUGAUUUGUGGAUUUCGAAUAAUGAUGGGAAUGUGGAUGUUUAUAGUUAUUUGGAUUCGCAUAUGUACUACUUUUUCUACUGACAAAAUAAUUUAUGUUUUUAACUGAAAGUAGUGGGUGAAUUAAGAAUAAGGAUGUUGAUUUAAGUGUUUAGAUGCAUUCAGUUUACAAACGUAUCUGAAGCGAUAAACUUGUCACUGCACUUGCGGAUUCUCUCUUUGAGACUCAGUGAUUUUGGUUUCACUUGGAUGGGAAUUCAGUUCUAUUAAAUAUAGCAGCAUGA